CGGAACGAAGAAUGGAUGUCUUUAUUACAAUUAAACAAACAAGUACAGUAAAACAAUCCCUGGUACAAUUGGUUAUAAUAGUAAUAGUUUCGAUCACACCAAUCGCGUUCUGUUGAUAAAAGUAGGUCACUAUAGGAUCAUGCCUUAAGUUUAUCAUGUAACCGUUUACUUCAAAGUUUAUUCCUGCAUACAGUAGUAUUAGUGUAGUGAAUAAGUGUGUAUUCAUAUAAACAAAUGACUUAGUAACUGGUAAAUGUGGGAUUUAAACCAAGAAUGAAGACUAAAUAACAAUCACCUUAUUUCACAUUGUGUGUUGAAUAUAUUAAGUAAUUAUAUAUAUAUGUUUAUGGUCUAUUGUUUCCGUCAGCCUGAAAGAAAGGAAUAGUGGAGUCUUACAUGUCUAUCGAAAGUUGGGGUCAUUUUUGUGUUGUAUUAUAUUAUUGUAAUUAUUAUUAUUAUCAUGACAAGUGUGCAUUACAAAAACGUUUCCCUAUACCAUUUCGUCUGUUAAUUACUCACAAGCAGGAAACAUGGGAAAAGACGACGAUCAUCAUUCAGGAUCCAAAGAUCACAAAAAAGAUAAACCUCAUAGCUCUAAGGAUAAAAAAAAAGACGAACAUAGUCAUCAUAAAUCGGGUUCGAAACAUCGUUCUGGAUCAUCGUCUUCUUCAUCAUCGGACUCUGAUCAUAAAAAGAAGUAAAAGUCAUGGAAUUAAUGAAAAUGAAACGUUUUUUUACAAUUUUUAUCAUUAG